UUUCUAUAUUUUAACCAUUGAAGAUGCAAAAUUGAUUUAAAUGGUUACUGAGGUUUUAAAUUUUAGUAGGUAGGUUGUCUGGGAUAAUGAAUUGAAGUGAAAAGUAUUUUACUUUUGGUUAAUGUUUUUAGUAUAUGGGAGAUUUUGAAUUGCCAUUUAUGUAGAAAAAAUCAACUAAACAACAAAAAAAAUGUAGAAAAAAUCAACAAUUUUUUUUCUUUGACUACCACCACAACACCACUGCAUCCACACCCCCACGAAAUUUUCACCUCCAUGAAACCCACGCCCACAGAUCCGACCACCCUCACGAAAAACCCACAAAUUCAACCACCCCCACGAAAGCCCUAAAAAAUCCAACCACCUUCACGAACCCAGGCCACCACCCUCACGAAACCUAGGCUAACACCCUCGCAAAAACGUCCUCAUAAUUCCAACCAACCUCACAAAACCCAAGCCACGAAACGCACUCACGAAACCCCCCACAAAUUCAACGGAAUCCACUAUGAAAACUCCACAAAUUCGACGAAACUCACCUUGAAUUAGUUUCUUUAAGGUCGGAGAGAAAGAAAGUUGAGCUAAAAAAAGUUGAACAGGAGAGAGAAAAUUGGGGAAAGAUGAUUUUUUUUGGUUAAUUAAUUCAAUUGAAGUUUAAUUUUUUUUUUUUAAUUUUUUGUAUGUUAUUAAUGUUUGGUAACCUAUUAACCUGUUGUUAAAGGUCAAAAUUCAGGCAAUACCCAAGUUUAGUACCCAACUUGCAACAAAGCAAAGUUGAGUACCCAAUUUGCAACUUUGGGCAAACUUUAGUACCCACAUUUUAUAUUUACUCUAAAAUAUUUCCUAAGUUUUGCUUUUGUCCAAUCAUGUGACUAAUAUUCCCAUUAUUUUAAAUUAAUGCUUUAAAAAUAAUUUCCCUAAAUUUAUUUUAUGAUUUAUAUAUACAUAUAAGCACCACUUUGCUGCCUUUACAUGAUCAAUUCCCUUCUCCUCUCUCUUUCUCUCUCUAAAAACCUUUUUCUUCCCAACUUUCUCUCUCCUCCAAAUUCAUGAACAGAGCAUAACCUUAAUGCUUUUCAACAAAAAUUUAGCAUAAACCCAUUUUUUGUUUCUCAAUUUUCUGUUAAUUUUUUCAUUAAUUUUCAAAUUUUGAGAAAUUUGAUUUCUUGGAAAAUAUUUAUUUAAUUUUUUUUCCAAGGAAAACAAACAUUCUAUUAAAACAGAGUAUCUCUGUUUUUUCUAUUUAUCUGUAUAUAUUUUAUCAAAAUGAUGAAGAAAACAAACUGCAAUAAUAACAAUAAUUACAACAAUAAUAAUGUUGGAAAAAUGGGAGGUUUAGAAUGGGAAAUGAGGCCAGGAGGAAUGUUAGUUCAAAAGAGGAAUUUGGAUUGCAAUAGAAAUUAUUCUAUUCCAAUUCCAACAAUCAAAGUUUUAGUGAAAUAUGGUUCUUAUUACCAUGAAAUUCACAUUAAUUCUCAUGCUACUUUUGGAGAAUUGAAGAAAAUGUUAGCAGAAGUAACAGGGUUACAACCACAAGAUCAGAAACUAAUCUUCAAAGACAAGGAAAGAGAAUCAAAAUCAUUCCUUGAUGUUUCUGGUGUUAAAGAUGGAUCAAAGAUUGUUCUUGUACAAGAUAUCAUUAGCCAAGAGAAAAGAUUUCUCGAAUCGCGUCGAAAUUCGAAUAUGGAAAGGGCUAUGAAAUCUGUAGCAGAGGUUGCCAUUGAAGUUGAUCAGCUUAUUUGCCAGGUAACAGCAAAGGAAUCAGUAAUUUGUAAAGGUGGGAGAGUUGCUGAGAAAGAAUUGUUGACUUUGAUUGAAUUGUUGAUGUCUCAAAUGAUAAAAUUGGAUGGUAUUGUAGCUGAUGGAGAAGUAAAGUUGAAAAGGAAAACACAGGUGGUUAGGAUUCAAAAAUAUAUCGAAAUUCUCGAUCGAUUGAAGGCUCAAAAUGCAAUGGCAACGACUCGAUAUGGUGAUAGUCAAGUUGGGUUAGUUGUCUCACAACAGCAACAAAGGCCCUUAAUAAUGCAACAACAAAGAGAGCAAAGGAAUUUUUCCAAUGGACUCAUGUUGACAUCAAAGUGGGAGAAAUAUUGAGAUAUAUUGAGACUUGAUAAAAUCUUGAUAGUUUGUAUACACUAUAAUAAUGGAUUAUGGUACUGUUAAGUUUAUUGAUCGUGAAAAGUCAAAUGUUGUGCUUCUUAGAAGAACGCCAAUGUAAUGUGUAUAACAAAUAUAAAUAGCUAGUAUAGUGCGUAGUUAAUAAGGUGUUUUGAUUGCUAGGUAAUGGAAUUGCCAUCUUGGUUGUUUCUAGCCAUAGGUUUUUACCUGUAGUACCAUAUAGUAUAAUUUAUCAAUUCCUUUCUUUCUUUUUCUCAAUUCAUUUGUGGGGAUAUAAGGAAUAUAAUUUUGAGGUUAAUAUUCUUCUUCUUUA